AUGGCAGAUCCGGAGGCUGCAGACGGCUGGUCAGACAUGGACUUUGAUGACGAUAACUUGGACGUUGAUCAAGAUAUCGUGGAGCCCGUGGAGACAAAAAUUAUUCCAGAAGUGGCUGAACUGCUUCCUUUACCAAAACUGGAGGUACCUGCGAAAGAGGACCAAGAAAUAAAGAAGCAGAAGGAGCAGGAAGAGCAGGAAGAGCAGAAGGAGAACAUAGAGGAGCUGGAGGAGCGGGAAAACCUAGACGAACAAGACAUAAAAGAAGAGGAACAGGAGGAGAAUGUUGAGGUUGAAGAGAUACCAAAAGUCGUGACGGCUGUUGAACAUGAAGAGCAAAUCGACCUAGUAUCUGAACCUGUUGAUGUUGAACCGAUCGAACAAAUUAAACAACUACCUGAUCUCAAACAAAACGGACACAAAGAGGAGGAGGAGGAGAAUGAUGCUGUUGCCGAAUUGCGGGCUCAAUUGAAUGCCUUACAGCUACAGAUCGAACAAAAAGACGAGGAGUUGCAUACUUUAAAAAGCAGACCGCAGCCGGUGCAAGAGAAUACCGACAACGAUGCCGUGACAAACUUGAGGCAUAAAUUGGAGGAAGCAGAGGCAGAACGUGAUGAUGCCAAGCAGCAGUUGGAAGAUUUCUUAUCCAAGAUCUCGAGCAUGAAAAGCGUGGUUAGAAACUAUAAAGCUGCACAAGAGGAGUUGGAGGAGGUCAGGGAGCAAUUAACUCAAGCAAUAAGUGAAAAGGAGGAAGCAGAUGAGGAGUUGGCUGCCGUCAAAGAGAAAAGCCAGGGAAAAGAUGCCGAAAUCAAGAAGUUAACUGACACAAUCGCACAGUUUAAGACCGAGAGUAGUGAUUUGAAUAACGAGUGCGACCGGUUGAGUCAGCAAUUGACUAUUUUGCGUAGAGAGUAUCAAUCGAAAGAUGACAGUUUCCAGGAUGAAAAGUACUCGUUGGAGAAUGAGGUCAGCAGAUUGGCCAAGAAAAUUAGUGAGCAUAAAACCGAAUAUAGCGAGCUUGAGUUGGCUAAGGAAGAAAUUGCCAUGGAGAACAAGAACCUAACCCUCAUCAUUGAAGAGCUAAAAGGAAAAAUUGACUCCAAGGACGCAGAGGUUAACCAGUAUUCGCUCAUGGUUGAGGAUAUCACAGCCCAGUCCGAGAAGUCAAUUGAAGAAUUGAACGUGCAAGUGGAGGGCCAAAAAGCGGAAAAUGCCAAGUUAGUUGAGCAGCUUGAGCGAGCACAAGUGGAAGCUAAAAAGUUGACACAAAGCAUUGAGCAGAAUACAGAAGAAAUUAGCAGGCUUCAAGAGGAAACAUCGAAGAUCGCCGAACUUAAGGAGGAAGUUCACUCCAAGCAACUCAUAAUAGGCAAGUUGCGUCACGAGGCCAUCAUAUUGAAUGAACAUUUAACGAAGUCGUUGUCUAUGCUCAAGCAACAGCUGAGCAACACAGAUAACACCGUUGAUCGCGAGUUGAUCUCGAACGUUUUCCUCAACUUCUUGCAGAUUCCUCGCGGUGACAGCAAGAAGUUUGAGGCUCUUCUGCUAAUUAGCGCUCUCCUUGACUGGGACGAGCCUCGCAAGGUCCAGGCGGGACUUUCACAUAGCUUUUCAAAGGGCAAGGAUGAUGAGGGACGUCCAUUGAGACAAAGUUUUGUCUCGUUGUGGACAGACUUCUUAGAGAAGGAAAGCAGCAAUAAGACCGCAAAGUAG